GCCAACAGGGUCGCCGCGUGAAUACUCACUCCUGCUGUCCGUGUACAAGUUGAAGAACGAGCAUGGCGAGCAAAUCAAUCUAUGAUUUCUUUGCAGAGACUUUGGAUGGAGAGCAGAUUCCUCUGAGCACCUACAGAGGAAAAGUGCUUCUUAUUGUUAAUGUGGCCACCUUCUGAGGAUCAACAAUAGAGGAGUACCAUCGACUGAAUGCACUGAUGGAGAUGUUUGGCAACCUCAACUUCACUGUUUUAGGAUUCCCCUGCAACCAGUUUGGUCUUCAGUCACCAGAGGUGAAUGAGGAAAUGCUCAAUAUUCUGAAGUAUGUGAGACCUGGUGGUGGGUUUGUGCCAAAGUUUCCCAUGUUUUCCAAAGUUGAGGUGAAUGGGUUAACUGAAGAACCUCUUUUCACAUACCUAAAGGAAUCACUGCCAUUUGUAAAUCCUGUUAUUGGAGACAUCAAGAAGUUCUAUUGGUCCCCAAUUAAUGUUAAUGACAUUAGAUGGAACUUUGAGAAGUUUUUAAUCAAUGCAAAUGGGAUGCCCUUCAAAAGGUAUGAACUUCACUCCCCCACUGAUGAAGUCGAGAAGGAUAUAGCAACACUUCUCUCAUGGACGUGACUUGAUCUAUCAUCGGUGGCAGAAUGACGACCCCUCAGUAAAUGCACAUGUGCACCUGAGAUGGAUCUGAUGAGAAAAGGAACAUGUGUCAGUGCUUCAGUGCAUUCAGUCUGAGUGCAAGUUCCUUUCAGCCACUUGGGUUUUCUUGUUACUUUUACAUUUCUCAAGAAAUCAAAAUGUCCAAAAACCAAAUUAAACACAAUUAAAAUAUGCUCAUGGUCAUUGUUA